CGUAGUAGGAUUCGUGAUUUCGGACCCGGAAGUGGUAUAAUAGUUACUGGCUCUGUUUUUAGUUUGUGAGUUUGAAACCGGACUGUGUGUGUUUGGCACAAAUGGAAAGUUGACCGCUCGGGAAUGGAAGAUGACUCUUCCGUGCGUGUGAAUGUCACCGCGCAAAAUAUGCCCGGUUAUACCGGACGCGACGGGGAAUCUGUCCAUGUAUCCAGCGGGAUACGGAGCACUGAUUUCGGCCAGGAUGUCCGCAGCAGCGAGACGAAGGUGCCAUCAUCAUCAUUAUCCUCGAAGGAUGUUUUGGAAUUUCAUAAACACAAACAUGAGCCGGGAGGCAAUAAUAAAGAAAAUAACGAGAGGGAAAACAUAAGAGCCGUGGAUAUUUUAAGAAGGAAUUUUGGUUCUAUCAAAGAUCCAGAAGAUCCCAAAGACCUGGAGAAAGUAGGAUCUGGCAUCAAACUGAACGAUUUGGAUCAUGAAACGGAUGAUGAAAGGAUGCAAUGUAGCACAAAAAGUCUCCAACAAGACAUGGAGAGCAACUCAAGAUUGGGAAAUACUGAUGGGAAUCAUCAUAUUGAUUAUAAUAUUGAUUUGAAGAGUGGUGAAGAAUAUCCCAGCCAAUCAAAAGAGCAUGUUUACUGCACUGUAUACUGUAUUGCCAAUGAUAAUUAUAGGAUACCUGUUGAGAAAACAACAAAUGAUCAUGAGACUACAUCUUCAUCAUCAUCAUUAUCAGAUGAGCUGGUUUUAUCUCCCACUGACUUGCCAAAUUCAGAACUGGACCAUGAUCCCUAUCCAGAGCCCUAUACAGUCUCCGACCUGAUGGUGUCUGGAAUAAACAACUCAUAUAAUGCUGACAACAGUUUAUCUGUUGUGUUAACUUGUCGCAUUUGUCUUGAUGACAAACAAAUCAUGCCGCUACACUGUUGCAAAAAGGCCGUUUGUGAAGAAUGUCUGAAAAGAUACAUCAUCUCGCAGGUUCAUGUGGGUCGGGCACACUUGGUGUGUCCCAUCACAGAGUGCAGUGGUUACUUGGAGGAGAGCUUGGUGAUUUCAUACCUGACCAGUGAGGAGCUUGCAAAAUACAAGUACUUCUUGGAGCUGAGCAGACUGGACUCCAGCACAAAACCGUGUCCCCAGUGCAGCCUGUUUACUUCCCUGAAGGGUCGUAGCCAACAGACAUCCAUCAAGAGUGAACAUAAGUACAAGAUUCAGUGCACAAAUUGCCAGUUUGUCUGGUGUUUUAAAUGCCAUGCGCCCUGGCACGAAGGCCUGAAGUGUCGAGACUACAGGAAAGGAGACAAACUGUUGCGUCACUGGGCCAGCGUCAUUGAACAUGGCCAGAGGAAUGCUCAGAAGUGCCCACGCUGCAAGAUCCACAUUCAGAGAACGGAAGGCUGUGAUCACAUGACCUGCACGCAGUGCAACACAAACUUUUGUUAUCGAUGUGGGGAGAAGUACAGGCAUCUGCGCUUCUUUGGUGACCACACCUCCAACCUGAGUGUGUUUGGAUGCAAGUACCGCUAUCUGCCUGAGAAACCCCAUCUGCGCCGGCUGGUCCGAGGCUCUGUUUGUAUGAGUAAAGUGCUGGUGGCUCCAGUGGUCAUUGUCCUUGUGGUGGUCGUCGGAGCUCUGGCUUUGGUCAUAGGCUUGUUUGCUCUGCCUAUCUACUACAUCUGUAAGCGGAGGAGGAAGCGCUCACAGGGGUCGGGCCGCUGGCUGUGCUGAUUCAGCUUCGGUCAUCCUGCUCAGGACCUGGACACACAAACACACACCCCAAAAAUAGCCCUGGGUGCCAAGUGACCAAACACUGGCCAUUUAGAUACAACAAUCACAACGUGCAGUUUUCCUGUUCGUUGCAUCUCGUGAAUAUCUUCAAUUGCACAGUGACCCUCUCCUCCACAUGACGUCUUUGGCAUCGUGAUCAAAGACUGUUUGAGGAGAUUUUGUUUUAGGAUGUUUUAUUUAUAAGCCCCAAACUCAUUUGAAUUCAGUUCAUUUUUAGGAAUGGAACUAUAGACUUGUAAUAAUUUCCUGCAGGAUGUGUUAUGCAGUGGAGCCACACAGUGUGAAUGAUAUUGUUCUUUAAUCUAUUUAUGACGUGCAUCAGAUGUUAUAAUCUGUAAGCGUUUAGAGCUUGAUGAUGGUGAGUUGAUGAAUUAAUGUCUGUCCCUCUUUAUCCCCUCUCGAUCCCUCCCUCCCCUUCAUGCUGUGCCAACAUCCGCUGGAAUUUGCAUGAUCAACAAAACACGUUUCUGUCUACUACACUGUGGAAAACAAAAGGUCCAGAAUUACACAGGACCCAGAGCUCCACGCCAAGACAUAUAGGUCAUCUAGGUCAUGCAAAUCAGUACUGUGUCAUGCAAAAGUGUUCAAGCUCUGUGUUUGCACAAAUCUAAAGCUGUUAACCAAACACAGAAUACACUGCGGGGUCCAAAAGUCUGAUACCUUAUUUUCUAAUUUAGUAUUUAUAUUUAAAUUAGUUCACGCUAAUUGUUAUGCUGAUAAUAGAAUUUGAAAUAUUAAAAACAUUUGUUUUCUAACUUAUUUAUAUAUAUAUAUAUAUAGACAUAUAUAUAUAUAGACAUUUGUUUGCUAAUUUUUGUAUAACCUACAUUUUUAAAAGUUUAUAUAUAUGAAAAUUGUAUAUACAUACAAAUAUAUAAUUUACUAAUAUAUUUUUCUUUUAAUACAUUUCAAAAAUUAUAUGUGUGUGUGUGUGUGUAUAUAUAUAUAUAUAUAUAUAUAUAUAUACAGUAUAUAAACAUUUAAAAAAUUUAUUAAAAAAUAACUUGGCAAACCAAUGUUUUAUAUAUAUAUAUAUAUAUUAAAUGUAUAUAUUACAAAUUAAUAUCCAAAAUAUUUAUUACAAACUUUAUCAGCGUAACAAUUACAGUGAAAAGCUGAACUGAAAAAUGUGCUUGAAGUUAAGAAUAUUUUAGUAGUCUAUUUUCUUAGUCCCAUUUUAUUAUCAAAUCAAUAUUAAAUCAACAUUCACCAUAGUUACUUUCUUAAUGCACAUUCAGUGUCUUAAUGGGAGUGAUUUAUCUGUGCAUGUUAUUCCAAAGGAAAAAACUCUUCUGAUGAUGACAUUACCCAGCAUGAUUUGAGAAUGGUCCAAAGAGCAUCUUUUGCUGCAACGGCAUCAAGAACAUCUGACCAUCUAUACGAGUUCACAUAAUGAAUAUCAGAAAUUUGACCUAAAAAUGGUGAAAAAUUGAAAUGAUGUUGAUUUUAAGUGUGGUCUCAGACUUUCAACCCCUACAUGGAAGCAUAGUGCAUGCCUUGAACAAACUGUUAGAUGCAUUACAUUUUCUACUUGAGUGUAUAUGUUCAUUCAAAUUUAAAGUCCAUAAUAUGGACACUUUGACAUUCUUUUGUAGUAUAUUUUAGCUUUGCACACUGAGCGACACAAUGCUCGAGACUAUCAGCCCAAUAGGCAACCCUGCUGUAUAUUGCACAGUGUUAUAGAUUCACAUCCACUGUAAUCCAUUGCCAUGUGUUCGGUUUGUUUCAAUCCCAUGCUGUUACAAAAACCAAAUACUGUAGCAUGCCAACAAAUAUAUAACCUUGACCAUUAGACAUACUACAUUCACUCCACUACAUGCAAUGAAAUUUAAACAAAAGGCAACCCAUAAAGCUUCAAGUCCGACGUCUGUCCCAUGUUGAUUUGAUUUGAGCUAGCCAUUUAAUACUCAAACAAAGGCUGGUCUGGAGGGAAGCCAGAAAGUGCAGGGAAAAGCAUUGCAGGAAAGGUUUUAACCAUAGCAACAUGGUCUGGCUGGAGUAUUAGGAUUAAGGCAAAUGUCUAAAUGUCUAGGUCUAAUACUCAUUUGGGAAAUGCCCUAUACAAAAUCAGUGUAAUGCCAUCUUCAAUGCCAUCUUCGGUUAUAAGUGGUUUCGGAGACAAUCAAUUAUGAAGAUGCACUCAGGCUGGUAGUGAAUGCCACUGUUAUUCUCAGGGAGAAUUUCGUCACAUCUGCUAUAUUAUCACUCCAGUGCAGAUAACUGAAUUAUCUGUACAUAUACAUUGAGGAAGACAACAGAAAUCGGUCAGAAUCAGAAUGUUAGCUAGUAAACGUCUGCUGUUUUCAACUUGCUAACAUUAUGAACUGAAAGCUUUGACUGCCAAUCUGGUGCUGUUAUUUUUAUUUUAUUUUUUAAUUUUUUUUCUCCACAGACUGUGCCUUUUACCAAUGGGAUUGAAAUUUACUUGAAUGAACUUUAUGUUCAUUUUGUAUAUUUUGAGAGCACAUCUGCUGUGAUUGAUUUCCAAACACCUGUAAUAUUUUAUUCCCUAAAUAUACUAAAUUAUGUGUCUGAAUCUAUAGCACAACACCUGUUACAUUCAUGUUUUCUUUUUAAAAAAUGCACAUUGUAAUUUUUUUUUUCAUUGUUACAUUUGCUGCUGCACUUUAUUUUCAGAUUUAGAAAGUCAAUUCAGGCCUGCAGACAGCAAAUAUAUGUCUUUAUCAUAUUUAAUUGAGAAUUAAAUGGAGCUGCCAACAUUUGGUCUCA